AUGAACCAAGACAACGCUCCAGAAGCAGACCAUAUCAUCGCCGAAGAUAAUACUCAGCCAAGCGACAAUGCAAGAGAUCAUACUGGAGCCCUGAAUGUAAUCAGGAGUCAGACGAAGGAUGAAGCUGCACCUUCGACCCAGCCCCUUUCUAAAGACAAAGCUGCAUUGAAAGCCGAACUUAUGCACCGAAUCUUGAAUCACGAUCAAAUCAGAGCUGAAAAGGCAGAAGCCAGAUCCAAGGUUAGAGAUGAUGAAGGAGAGGUACUCUAUACCUUUCAUCGCCGCAAGAUUGUUCGAAUCAGCGAAUAUCUCGUGGUGAAAAAAGCCGAUGAUAUUCCAGCCCAUGAAGCUCCAACCCUCCGGUUCAUCGCUGAAAAUACUACAAUCCCAGUGCCAAAAGUUCACGAUGUUCGUUUGGAGGAUGAUAAAGUGGUUGGCAUUGUCAUGGACUAUAUGCCUGGUACGCAACUAGACGAAAUUUGGGACGCCUUGAGUCCUGACCAGAAACAAUCAAUUGCUGAGCAACUCCGUGGCUAUAUCUCCCAACUACGAAACCUCAAAGGCAAUUAUAUCGGUGCCGUUGAUCGCGGUACCGUCGCAAUGGGCAAUUGGGGGCCUAUCUAUGGAGGACCCUUUGACUCUGAGCAGGAAUUCAAUCGGUGGAUUUUAAGCGACCUCAGUUCAACAUUACAGGCUCCGCUCAGAUACUAUGCAGAACAUGCACUGACGGAUAGCCAUGAAAUUGUCUUCACUCAUUCUGAUUUCUCCUCUCGGAAUAUCCUUGUCGAUGAAAAUAGUUACCAGGUUACUGCUAUCCUAGACUGGGAGUUUGCUGGCUGGUAUCCAGAGUGGUGGGAAUACUUCAGAGAAUACAAGAGCUUCCAACGAGGCAAGGAUUGGGGUGAUUACCUGUGCCAUAUUCUGCCCCCUCGAUAUGAGCAAGAGUUCCUUGCUAUGUCUUAUGUAUCUGGAUACUGCAGUAGCUAG